AUGAAACUGAGAGACAGAAAGAAGCAUGUUCAGGGUGAUAUCAAAAAAGAGGAGAGAAAAUCCGACAUCAUUCCCAGCAAUGCAUCUCCUCCUGUAGCCAAUGCACCAGCUACUACCAACCUCACCAUCAAGCAGGAAGAAACAAAAGAACGCGAGGAACUACAACUACAGCAGCCUGACGAGUUUGGUGAGGCAGACUAUGACUAUCGCUGCGAUCAUUGCGACAGAAAGAUGGAAAGCCUCUGA